AUGGUAGCCAAAGCCAGACUUCUGGGAAUUACUUUGUUGGGAUUGAGUGAUGGUCUAGCUAAAACCCAUGUGGCUCAUCAUCUAUUCCCCAAGAUCCCACAUUAUCAUGCUUGGGAAGCCCCAUAUCCUUUGAAAGCUAAAUUAGGACCACAUUGUCAAUUGAUUGAUGAAAACUAUUGGGUUAGUUUUUGGAAAGGCUUUAGCCACUGUUGUUUUGUGGAAGAUGAGGGAGAUUUAUUGUUUUAUAAGAAUGCUAAAGGUCAAGCUUUGGUUAGAAUGAAGGAGUCUUAUGGAUCACCAAGUGAUUCUGAAUAUGAAGUUGAUCAAGCUAAAUCAAUUCAAAUCAUCAUCUACCUCUCUGCAUUUUACUUAAGCGCACAUGUGAUAUCUUUCUCUUUGGCUAAAUCUAUGCAUUUUUGA